AUGGGAGGGAAAAGCUCCGCUGCUGCCGCCUUCCUGCCGCCGCCGCUGCUGCUGCUGCUUCUCGCCUGUGUGUGCGCGUGUCCGGUCCGCGCCGACAGCCUAUCCGCCCCGCUGAAUGUAACUAUCAAGACCUUAGAGGGCAAUGCGGCUGUGGUCACAUGGGACAUCCUCGAGGGAGAUCCGGUCAUCGGGUUUGCCAUCACACAGCAGAAGAAGGACGUCCACAUGAUGCGCUUCAUCCAGGAAGUGAACACUACCACUCGCUCCUGUGCAUUAUGGGAUUUGGAGGCUGAUACAGAGUAUAUUGUUCAUGUGCAGUCCAUCAGCAUGAGCGGUACAAGCCCUCCCAGUGACCCUGUCCUCUUCCGCACACCAAAAGAGUCUGAGAAAAUGGCCUCCAAAAGUCCUGAUGAGGUGACAAUGAAGGAGGUUGGCCAGGCUGCCCAGCUGAGGGCCGGAGAGCUGAUCAUCAUAGUAGUGGUCCUGAUCAUGUGGGCAGGUGUAAUAGCUCUCUUCUGCCGUCAGUAUGACAUCAUUAAGGACAACGAGCCCAACAACAACAAGGACAAAGCCAAGAACUCAUCAGAGUGCAGCACCCCAGAGCACCCUACAGGGGGCCUACUGCGCAGCAAGGUCUAACCAA